AUGUUAAGGUCAACUUUGAGUAGUUGGAGGGAGUAUCUAACACCAGUUUCGCACAAAUCUACAUUUUUGAGUAGUGGCCAGAUUACUCCAGAUGAGUUUGUUCAGGCUGGUGAUUAUCUUUGCCAUAUGUUCCCUACUUGGGAAUGGAAUAAAGCUGGUAACGAUGUUCUAUUCAGGAAUUUUUUGCCUGAGGACAAACAGUUUUUAGUUAUGAGGAAAGUUCCUUGUAAUGUGAGAGCUAAACAGUUUGUGAAUAUUGAUGACAGUGCUUCUGAAGCGUUUGUUCAAGGGAUCAACGACGAAGAUGGUUCUAUUGAGAACGGCUGGAUGAUAGGCGGAGGGGAGACUGAUCACUUAUCGAAACAUUCUCUAUCUUCUGGUGAUGUGACGCCUAGUGGGAAUAAUACAAAGACUAUGGAUGAGACUACUCCGGAUAUUGAUGAUUUGAUGGAAAGUAUGGGCAUUGAGGAUACAGAUGAUAUUAUAGAUACACCACAGAAUACUGAUAGAAGGUAUUACGAUUUAUACAUCACCUAUUCCACUUCUUAUAAAGUACCCAAAAUGUAUAUCGUUGGGUUUAAUGGUAGUGGUUCCCCUUUGACUCCUGAAGAAAUGUUUGAAGAUAUUGCACCUGAUUAUAGAUCCAAGACUGCUACAAUUGAAAAACUGCCAUUCUAUAAGAAUACUAUAUCUUCAGUUUCGAUUCAUCCUUGUAAACAUGCGAAUGUUAUGAGGAUUUUAUUGGAUAAAGUAUUGGUUGUGAAAAGAAGAAGAAGAGAAGAAAUGUCAGAAAAUCAUAAUGAACAUAAACCAAAUCCAGAAAGUGAUGAAUGGGAAGACUUACAAAAUGAUGUAGAUGACACUAUUAGGGCGGACCAAUAUUUAAUCAUAUUUUUGAAAUUUAUAACAAGCGUCACUCCUGGUAUAGAACAUGAUUAUACUAUGGAAGGGUGGUGA